AUGAGCUGCUGCCCCGUGACUGCUGAGCCUGCCCGUAGCCCUUCCGACCAUACAGGCGUGAUGAAGAAGGCUGGUAAUACAAACAUCUACGUGACAGGCCCUGCGUCCGCCAAGGCUGGCGUCAUUGCGUACCCAGAUAUCUACGGCCUCGACAGUGGACGCACCAAGGCCGACGCUGAUACGCUGGGCAAACUCGGCUACGCUGUUGUGGUUGUAGACACUGCUGACGGUGAAUAUGUCGAGAACACGGAUGGACUUGCCGACUGGUUGAAGAAAUACACGUUCGCCGAGCACUUGGGGCCGCGUAUUCAGGACGCCAUCAAUUACCUCAAGACUGAGGUGGGUGCCGAACGCCUUAUCAGCUACGGUAUGUGCUGGGGCGCAUGGGUCGGUGCCACGCAAACUGCACAGACUGACCCAGUUGUACUGGGCCACGUGUCAUUUCAUCCCUCGUGGAAGGUCGAGAAUGUUCUCAACGGUGACGGUGCUGUCGACAAACUGGCCGAGAGGAUUAAGGUCCCGCAGCUGCUCCUAGUUGCCGGUGACGACCCAGACUUUAUGAAACCUGAUGGCAGCGUGCACAAGAUCCUCAAGUCUCGUGCAGACAUUGGCUCCAAGUCCGACGUGCUGUUAUUCGCCGACCAGAACCAUGGUUGGGUUCACCGUGGAGACCUUGACAAUGCUGCGACGAAGACAGCUGUGAUGAAGGCUUGGCACGCCGCCGUCAAGUUCAUCCAGACCAACUGCCCGGUCUAA